UCAGACCGUUCGCAGUUUGGUUAAUUCUUGAUUAACAUCCAAGCGAAGAAGAAGCAGACGGUGCGAGCAGAAAAUCGCGAGAAGUUCGUUCCAAGUUUAAUUCAGUGACUAAGAAGUUAUCCCAACACAUUUUAAUUAAAGAUGGCAGCAAAAGCACCAGCAGUUGGUAUUGAUCUGGGCACGACCUACAGUUGUGUUGGAGUUUUCCAGCACGGCAAGGUAGAAAUCAUUGCCAACGACCAGGGUAACCGAACCACGCCAUCGUAUGUUGCCUUCACUGACACGGAGCGUCUGAUUGGCGAUGCUGCCAAGAACCAGGUGGCCAUGAACCCGACCAACACCAUCUUCGACGCGAAGCGUCUGAUUGGUCGCAAGUUUGACGAUCCCGCGAUCCAGGCCGAUAUGAAGCAUUGGCCGUUUGAGGUGGAGUCGAUCGAGGGCAAACCAAAGAUUGCGGUCGAGUACAAGGGCGAGAAAAAAUCGUUCUUCCCGGAGGAGGUCAGUUCGAUGGUGCUGACCAAGAUGAAGGAAACGGCCGAAGCUUAUCUGGGCAAGACGGUGACGAACGCCGUCAUCACCGUGCCAGCUUACUUCAACGAUUCGCAGCGUCAGGCAACGAAGGAUGCCGGAACCAUUUCGGGGUUGAACGUGCUGCGUAUCAUCAACGAACCGACUGCGGCCGCCAUUGCCUACGGUCUAGACAAGAAGACGGCCGGUGAGCGCAACGUGCUGAUCUUCGAUCUGGGCGGCGGUACCUUCGAUGUGUCGAUCCUUUCCAUCGAUGAUGGCAUCUUCGAGGUCAAAUCGACCGCCGGAGACACCCAUCUGGGUGGUGAGGACUUCGACAACCGCCUGGUGAACCACUUCGCUCAGGAAUUCAAGCGCAAACACAAGAAGGACCUGUCCACCAACAAGCGUGCCCUGCGCCGUCUGCGUACGGCAUGCGAGCGCGCGAAGCGUACGCUCUCCUCGUCGACCCAGGCCAGUAUUGAGAUCGAUUCGCUGUUCGAGGGAACUGAUUUCUACACCUCGAUUACGCGUGCCCGUUUCGAGGAGCUGAACGCCGAUCUGUUCCGUUCGACAAUGGAACCAGUGGAGAAGGCGCUUCGUGACGCCAAGAUGGACAAGGCCAGCAUUCACGAUAUUGUGCUGGUUGGUGGAUCGACCCGUAUCCCCAAGGUGCAGAAGCUGCUGCAGGACUUCUUCAACGGCAAGGAGUUGAACAAGUCGAUCAACCCGGACGAGGCCGUCGCCUACGGUGCUGCCGUCCAGGCCGCAAUCCUGCACGGUGACAAGUCGGAAGAGGUGCAGGAUCUGCUGCUGCUCGACGUGACGCCACUGUCGCUCGGUAUCGAGACUGCCGGUGGUGUGAUGUCGGUGCUGAUCAAGCGUAACACGACCAUCCCGACGAAGCAGACGCAGACGUUUACCACGUACUCGGACAAUCAGCCCGGUGUGCUGAUCCAGGUGUUUGAGGGCGAGCGUGCCAUGACGAAGGACAACAACCUGCUCGGAAAGUUCGAGCUGAGCGGCAUCCCGCCGGCACCGCGCGGUGUGCCCCAGAUCGAGGUAACGUUCGAUAUCGAUGCCAACGGUAUCCUGAACGUGACGGCUCUCGAGAAGUCGACGAACAAGGAGAACAAGAUCACGAUCACGAACGACAAGGGCCGUCUGAGCAAGGAGGACAUCGAGCGUAUGGUGAACGAGGCCGAGAAGUAUCGCACCGAGGACGAGAAACAGAAGGAAACCAUCUCCGCGAAGAAUGCGCUCGAAUCGUACUGCUUCAACAUGAAGGCCACCAUGGAGGAUGACAAGUUGAAGGACAAGAUCUCGGACAGCGACAAGACCCUAGUGCUGGACAAGUGCAACGACACGAUCAAGUGGCUCGAUGCGAACCAGCUGGCCGACAAGGAGGAGUAUGAGCACCGCCAGAAGGAGCUGGAGUCGGUAUGCAACCCGAUCAUCAGCAAGCUGUACCAGGGCGCUGGUGGCGCACCGGGCGGCAUGCCAUUCCCGGGUGGUGCUCCGGGUGCCGGAGGAGCUGCCGGUGGUGCUGCUGGUGGCGCUGGAUCCGGUUCCGGACCGACCAUCGAGGAGGUAGACUAAAUCAUUCCCCACAUUCCAGUGAAUGAUGGCGCGCGAACUAACCGACGUUUGUUAGCAGAGAGCAAGGGCGAUCUAUUAAUAAAAACGCUGGCGCCACAGAAAGCCCCCUUGUUUGCGAAAUACUACAACCUUCUGCUUAUCUUGCUGUCCUGUUACUACCACACAUAAGCUGUUUUUGACAGCGCAUGCUUCUCUGCCGCUAAUUUCUAAUUUCCUCUACUCCUUUUGAACUCUCGACUGUUACCACCUACCCUCAAGCCAGCAGAGCCGAACACAGCCAUUUAUCAUUGUGAUUACGGGGAGGAUUAUUUCGAAAAUUGCGUAUUAUACACGCGAAUAAGCAGACACAAGUAUUUUACGUUAGUGUUGAAUGUUGUAUGAUUUUGAAUCAUCAUUACCAUACCAUCCGCGCUUGUGGGUGAAGCAGUUUCAGAAUAUUAGGUGCGAAGUACCCGUAAAGAUAGCUGCGAAAUAAUCGAACGAACUUGUUCUCUUCCACAAUCGAUGAAAUGUGCUGAACAAAUGAUAACGAAAUGAGCAGCAGGCCAAAUAAAGAAACACAAAAAGAGAUCUGUACUUCUCCAAUGACCAAGAUCAAAAUUGGAGUGAAAUUAGAAA